CUGCCGUGGGCUCGCGGCGAUCCGGGCGCUGCCGAGCCCUCCGUUUGCCUGGAGGCAGCCACCCGUGCCUGGCGUGGCCUGCGGGAGCGCGGCGAGGCUGUGCCCCUGGGUCCUGGCGUGCCGGCCCUGGUGGCCAACGGCUUCCUGGCCCUGGAUGUGGCGGCCAACCGACUCUUGGUGAUCCCCGGGGAGCGGGAGCCAGCCGUGGCGCCGGACUUCGUGCCGUUUGUGCAGCUGCGCCCGCUCAGUGCGCUGUCCGAAGCUGGGGAAGCCGUGCUGCUGUUGCGGGAGGGCCUGCUGCGCCGGGUGCGCUGCCUGCAACUAGGGGCUCCAGGCUCCGGCCCCGCGGCGGCCGUCCCUGGGCCUGCCUCGGUCUCUGACCUUGCCGGGAGCGGCCGCGACUGCGUGCUGCUGCAAGAGGACUUUCUGGCGCACCGAGGCCGACCUCACGUCUACCUCCAGCGCAUCCAGCUCAACAACCCCACGGAGCGCGUGGCCGCGCUGCAGACUGUGGGGCCUACUGCCGGCCCGGUCCCCAGGGCCUUCACAAGUACCCUGGAGAAAGUCGGAGACCAUCAGUUCCUUCUCUACUCGGGCCGGUCCCCGCCUUUGUCCACGGGACUGGUGCACUUGGUGGUGGUGGCCGCCAAGAAGCUAGUGAACCGGCUCCAGGUGGCUCCCAAGACGCAACUGGAUGAGACAGUGCUGUGGGUGGUACAUGUCUCCAGUCCCAUUAAUUCCCAGGCGCUCAAGAGCAGAGCAGCCAAGGAGCUCAAGACGCUGCAGGACUUGGCCCGGAAGGAAAUGCUGGAGCUCUUGGAGAUGCCGGCGAAUGAGCUGCUUCAGGACCACCAGCGCCUCUGGGCCCAGCUCUUCAGCCCAGGAGUGGAAAUGAAGAGGAUCACCGACGCCCACACGCCGUCCAGCCUGACCGUGAAUCUGACGCUGUACUACAUGCUCUCCUGCUCCCCAGCCCCGCUGCUCAGCCCUGCCCUGAGCCACAGGGAGCGAGACCAGAUGGAGUCAACGCUCAACUAUGAAGAUCACUGCUUCAGUGGCCACGCCACAAUGCACGCCGAGAACCUCUGGCCCGGGCGCCUCUCCACGGUCCAGCAGAUCCUGCAGCUGUCUGACCUAUGGAAGCUGACCCUGCAGAAGCGUGGCUGCAAGGGACUGGUGAAGGUGGGCGCCCCGGGCAUCAUGCAGGGCAUGGUGCUCAGCUUCGGCGGGCUGCAGUUCACCGAGAACCACCUCCAGUUCCAGGCCGACCCCGACGUGCUGCACAACAGCUACUCGCUGCACGGCAUCCGCUACAAGAACGACCACAUCAACCUGGCCGUGCUCGCGGACGCUGAGGGCAAGCCCUACCUGCACGUGUCCGUGGAGUCCCGUGGUCAGCCCGUCAAGAUCUAUGCCUGCAAAGCAGGCUGCCUGGACGACCCCGUGGAGCUGACCUCAGCGCCCCAGGGCCACACAUUCUCUGUCAUGGUGACGCAGCCCAUCACGCCGCUGCUCUACAUCUCCACCGACCUCACGCACCUGCAGGACCUGCGGCACACGCUGCACCUCAAGGCCAUCCUGGCCCAUGAUGAGCACAUGGCCCAGCAGGACCCUGGGCUCCCCUUCCUCUUCUGGUUCAGUGUGGCAUCCCUCAUCACCCUCUUCCACCUCUUCCUCUUCAAGCUCAUCUAUAACGAGUACUGCGGGCCUGGCGCCAAGCCCCUCUUCCGGAGUAAGGAAGAUCCCAGUGUCUGAGUGAACAGAUGGUCCUGCUUUCAGCCACCAUUUGCACAAGACGCCCAGCACUGAAAGUCCUACUGCUGUGAACAAGGGAUCCUCUGAAAGCCAGCACCCUUUAGUGCCUUGUUUGGGGAAACCAGCGACUCCAAGCGUUUGUGGGUGUUCAGGAGUCUGCGCCGGAAGGAAGGAGAGUGUCCGGUGGGGAGUAGGGAGGGGAGGGGCCCGUGGACUUUUUGUAAGCUUUCGGCUGAAUAAAAUGAACCCAUGUGG